UGGGUCAAUGCCCCGUGCCUCCAACUUCUCGCUGCCGCAAGAAACGUCAUAACAAUCUUCAUUCCAACACUUUUCUCGAAAACUGGGACUCUCGUGCGAACAACGAAAUGUUCGAUCGUACUUGAAAUUAGGAUACGGCGGAGAUGGACGAAACCGCCGAGACGACGAAGCCUGAUUGGCUCAACAACCGAGCGAAGGUUGCCGGAGAGAGAACCGAUGACUUCGGCGACGAGGAUGAGGACGAGGAAUGCGACGGCGAUGACGAGGCUUGGAACAUGCUCACUCGGAGCUUCCGGCAGGCGCAGACGGUGCUGGACGAAAACCGUGCGUUGAUCAAGGAGGUGAACAGCAACCACGAGUCGAAGAUUCCUGACAACAUGGUGAAGAAUGUUAGCCUCAUGACUCAGAUCCACGGCAACAUCUCCAAGGUUCGCUCUAUCUACUCCGAUUUAUCUGUGAAUUUCUCCAACAUUGUUCGACAGCGCCGCGUCGCCGCCGUGAACCACAGCAAUCGAGAUGGCGACCGCGAAGAGGAUGGAGAUGAGGCGGAGAACUCGGAGGAUGAUUCAGCGGAGCACGUGACAGAGAAAUCGGAGAUGCUUGAUGGAUCAAUGGAUAGAAUAGAACUUCAUCCACCCGCAUAAAUGAGGUAUUUAUGUCAAUGUUUGAUUUUGCUUUUUCCAUGGCUGCUUUGAUUUUUUAUUCUUUUGUUUCAAGGAGGCCCUACGGAAUUGAGUAGCAGGGAAGGGGAAAGGGGACAGGAUUGAACAUGUGUUUCACCAUGAUAAAGAUUACAACGGCCAGUAAUGUCAGCUACUAGCUCAUUGUUUCAUCUCUUUGUUAUUGUUAUUAUUAUUCUUUAUUAUGUUGAUGAUGCAUAGAUAGCUCUUGAGGUUACUGGUUGGUUAUAUCGAUGAGUUCAGAAAUUCGCCAUCAAAUACGAAAGAAGAGCUUCAAUGCGAGCAAAAGUAGUUGUUUAUGGGGAUUUCUGUGAACUGAAUAGUGGCCUUUGAUUUAAAUUAUCUGUUUCUGAACUAUAACUCUAAAACACUUUCUUACUUUCA